CUGACCGCAGACACGCUGUGAUAGGGAAGCCACUGGAACGAAACGGGGCAAAACAGAGCAAGCUAAUGAGAUUUUCAGGUGAUUACCUGAAAAUCUCGUUAAAUUAUUAGCCUAUAAAUAUUUAAAAUGUCGUCACAUGUCAAAUUUCCGCCACUGCCGCCGACACAGAGGCAAAGCUCGUUAUACGAAAACAGCCCACAGAGUAACGAUGUCCAGAUGGCAGCGAGAGGACAAGAGGGAGAGAGCUCUGUUUCUGGCAAACCAUUUGCAACGAAAAAGUUAUGGUAUCCAAGAGGUGACUACCUGUAUGCAGGCCCGGCAGUCAAGCCCAGGUUUCUGAAGCUGCUGGAGAGCUACCUGAACCAAGAGUUGCAAGACAUCAGCCCUCGUGAACCCAAAUUUCAGGAGCUGAAACUACAGGUCUACCGGAAUGUCUUUGGCCGCUUCAUCAAGGAAUUCCGAACCUACCAACCCCUCCUCUCUCUCAUUCAAAAGGAAUAUGACAACACUAUAGCAUAUCAGCAGGAUCAGAUGGAGCUGCUGCGAUCCUCUCUGAGGCUGGUGACGGAAGAAUGUGAUAGGAAGAUCCGGGCUUGCUCGAAUGAGAAGCAGGCUGAGAUGGUAGCUCUUAAAAGGGAGAAUCAACAUCUACAGAGGGAUCUGGAAGUCAUGAGGGAGCAAGAAAAAAACAUGCAGACAGAGGUGGGCCGUCUGCAGUUGGAGCUAUGUCAACAGUAUCUGCAGUACCUAGAGGAGUGUGAGGCCCACAAGUCUCUGAUAGUCAAGUUCAACAACCUCACAAAGUGCUCCGUCAAGGAAAAGGAGUGUGCAGAUGAAGAUGCAGAACAACACACUGCCGACCCCAUGCUGCUGCAGCUAGCUCUGAGUGUGUGUCGUGAAGACCUGACCAAAGCCCAGAUGGAGCUGAACAGGUUUCAGGCAGAAUACUUGGACGUAGUGCCGCGACGCGACUUGGACGCCCUGGAACGCACACACAAGCAAACCCUGCUGCAGUUGGAGAGGCUACAGCGAGACUUUGACCAGCUGAAGAGAGAACAUGACACCCUGCUAGAGCUCCAUAAGAGAGAUGGCAUAGCAGCUGAGUCACACUGCUCCAACACUGUGCAGAUAGAUGAGAGUGUGCACUUUGGGCAAAACCAGCUUCAGUGCAACCUGCUGAAAGUGCUGAUCAAGUCUGAUGCAUCUGAGAGUGGCACAUUGACUGUGCAGGAGUUUAGGGCAACACUACAGACAGCUUUCCCUCUAAAAUCAGAUGAGGCCCUCAAUGAGCUGGUGGCCUCUGCUCAAAGGGAACUGGACAGUAACAACAACACCAUCACCUACCAGAGACUCUACAGCCUGGGGGCAGAUGGUAAAAACGGAGAGUUCCUGAGUCUGGUGAAGAGACAAUCACUGGAGGAGAGACAGCUGUGCAUCGGUCAGCUCAGAGCACAGUUGGGGGACAAAGGAGAAGUAUCGGUGUCCGAUCUGCGUGCUGUCCUGAUGUGCAUCAAUCCAGAUUUAGACCCAGAUACUCUGGACCGGACCCUGAGCCUGGCCUUCCAGGUGAGGAAGGAGGAGCUGAACCAAUGUGCCACUCUCUUGGACAUAGAGACCGCCUUGCAACACAUCAUCAGCGCCUCCACACCCCAAGACUGAUAGAAGCCCCACUCUCCCCCUCAACUACUGUUUUGAACAUGCCCUGGUCCACUGCAUAGUCCUCUGUAGAGGUGUUGGCUUUGUUGAGGAUUAUAAAUAAACUGUCUUUUUAAAAAUGA